ACGCACAGCAUCGUGGAAGGGAGGGAAAGGUACGGUUACGAUCUUGAUCAUCUGACUGUUGUUCCAAGAGUGUGCUGGACGAAGCGAUGCAUGACACUCCCCGUGCUGCAUGCACCAGCAACAGCCAUGGCUGCCAGACCAGGCGGGAGCAGCGCAGGUGUUGGCGCCGUGUUGGGCGUGCACAUCGCGGGGCAGACGCUGUAUCCGCACUAGCAUGGAGGCCGAUCAUAGGCUGCCAGCUGCCGAACCCGACCUAAUAGUCUGGUUAGCCCAUUGCCGGCAUCUGCUACUAAAAAAUAGUGCUUAGCCUGCCUUUCCGACCCCCUUGGGAGAGCUUCUUCUUGCUCUCUGUCUGUCAAUCUCGCCGUCGCGAUUCGUUUCAUUUCGUCUCUCCUUUAAAACACAUCAUAUCUCCGUCUUCGGCCCCAUCGCUCCUUUAACGUCGGCCCUUUCUUUCUUCUUUCAUUCUUUCUGUCGAUUUUCGUUCGAUUUUCGAGUAUAUACGCUCGUUCGCUCCUUGUCGAUUCUCUCCCUUGCGAUUGCGUCGCUGGCUAUAACGAGAAUUGCGCCUCCGUCCAAAAAAGCUAAGCGCGAAGGCAUUUGUUGCGGUAUUGGUGGUGGAGUUUCUUUCCCUUGAAGUUUGUUCGCAAACGGGAGCCGAUGAAAUCGCACUCCGUUCUCUCGAGAGCUUGGACGCUCAUCCUUCUUUUCGCCUCGGUCUCACAGGCCGGACACCGCCACGGUCAUGGCCAUGGUCACAGCCAUAUCCAUGGCGGUGUUGUGAACGCCCCGAAGGAUGGCUUUGGCUUGAAGCAUCAUCAUUUCCACCAUCGCGCGGCAACCUCGCCUGUCCAGAAACCACAUGGUGUUGCCAGGAGCAAACCGCUCAAGAAACGCGGAGGACAAUGCGAGUUUCCGUCCGAUGCUGGUCUGGUUGCUGUUACACCCAACGAGGAGAAUGCCGGCUGGGCUAUGAGCCCUGACCAGCCAUGUGAACCCGGAAACUAUUGUCCUUAUGCUUGUCCACCUGGAAUGGUCAUGGCCCAGUGGGAUCCUAAGGCUACCUCCUACACUUAUCCGCAGUCCAUGAAUGGCGGUCUCUAUUGCGAUGACGAUGGCAAGAUUUCUAAACCAUUCCCCAGCAAGCCAUACUGUGUCGAGGCAUCGGGCCCCGUUGUUGCAAAGAACGAUGCUGGCGGUGUCGUGUCGUUUUGCCAGACUGUCCUCCCCGGAAAUGAAGCCAUGUUGAUCCCAACUAGCGUUGACGGCUCUGCCAAGCUUGCGGUCCCUGACCCUGACUACUGGUGUUCUACUGCGGCUCAUUAUUACAUCAACCCGCCCGGAAAGGACACCGAGACAGCCUGUGUAUGGGGUACAAAGGACCACCCUUGGGGAAAUUGGGCACCCUACGUUGCCGGGGCCAACAUGGACAGCAAAGGGCAGACAUUCCUUAAAAUCGGCUGGAAUCCAAUCUACUUGGAGCCCGAAACUCCUUUCCGUGACGAGAGCCCGUCGUUUGGCGUGAAAAUCGAAUGUGAUGGCGACGGAUGCAAUGGACUUCCUUGUCAGAUUGACCCUGCUAAGAACAGUAUCAAUGAAGUUACCGGAAGCACCGAAGAGGGCGCAGGUGGAGCUUCCUUCUGUGUCGUGACUGUCCCCAAGGGUGGCAAAGCCAACGUCGUCGUCUUUGAAGCUGGUAAGGGUAGCAAUGGAGGAUCUGAAGAUGAUGACGACGACGAUGAUGAUGAAGGUGAGGACGGGGACAAGUACGACGACGACGACGAAGUGCCCGAGACGACCACAUCGGCUCCCGAGCCAACGCCAACAACAGAUGAGGCGACAUCGUCGACUCCCGCCCAAACAACCACAAGCAUCGCCGUCACCGUCUCACCGCACGUCUUUGUUGAAAACCCGAGUUCGACAUUCUUUAGGGCCUCGAACUCGACGACCGCCAUUUCAUCAGCAACUCUACCCCCGACCGCUUCCUCACCGCCCGUUGGUGGUGCCUCCGCGACCAGCUUAUCCAUCAUGAGUCUGACCGCUAGUUUCAUCCUUGUUUCGCUUUUCCUCAGUUUCUAGAAAAGAUUUAGGGCGACCGAUACUCCAGCAGCUUUCUACCAGCGGUAGAUCGGAUAAGAUCGGCUUCCAUCACAACUUUGUUUUACCUAUUUG